AGUCCGAGGUUGAAAUGCUUCUGAGAUCCUUAAUUAGGGCCUUUUCUUUUCUUCUUGAUGAUCUGAUUUGAGCUGGAAAAUGGAUUAUAGGCAGAGGGUUGGGGGCGGUGGCUAUGGGUUUCUCCCUAGGGUUUCUCUUCGGUUAGGAGUUUCUCCCUCUUCCUCUUCUUCUCCGACAAGGGUUUCUCCUCUUGCUCCCUUCCUCCAUCAUUGUCGUCUGUCUUGCUUUGGAAACUUCAACCCAAGGGACCACAAGGCAAAGACUCCUUUCAAUCCGCAUCGGCUGUUGAUUUUUGACGACUGCGUCUGGAUGCCGAGGGACUUGAUCCGGUCAGUGGUUGGGUUUCUCCCAUUCUCUGAAUUGGAUUUUCACUUAUGCAUGUCUCAUCAGAUGAGAUCUUGGCAGGGGUGGCAAUCGGAGAAACUAGCACCCUCCACUUUCCGAUCUAGUAGCCAAAUACUGAUAGGGUUGCAGUGGCACAUCAGGUUCUGAUCUGCACGGGAGCAUGCUACUCACAUUGGCAAAGGGGCUCUAGUUCCCUUAACAAAGUUUUGCCUGCAAGGGUUUUCAGAGGAUCGGUAAUGAUGGGCACAUGAUUGAAAGUAGUCGGUGAAAAUUAGGGCGGCAACUUGUGGGUUGGGGACUAUUUGUUGCCGAAAUCCCUUGCUUUCCCUAUGAAGCUGGUUAAAUAGGUGAGGACUUGUCCAGUAGCUUUCGAUGCUCAUAGCGACUCUCCUUUCUACUUUAGUAGCCCUAUUUAGCCCAUACAGCGAUUGCAAUUGCAA